AUGAGUUCAUACAUCAAUCGAUAUAGUAUCGGUCAUGCCAAAUUGAUGAACAUUAAAAACGAACUACCUAUGUCAUCAUCUGCUAUGAAUUGGGCCACUGCCCUAUUUUUUCUUUCCUAUUCGAUCUUUGAAAUUCCAAGCACUCUACUUCUGCGCUUUUUGGGUCCGACUCGUUAUCUAUCGUUGAGUCUGAUUUUAUGGGGUGGCCUCACUAUUGGUAUGGCUUUUGCGAAAAAUUCUCAACAACUGCUAAUUGUUCGCUUUCUUCUCGGCAUGGUUCAAUCUGGCUUUUUUACUGGUACUGUCAUUUAUUUCUCUUUGUGGUAUUGCAAAAAAGAACAGACUAUGAGAUUUGCUAUUUUGUUUGGAGCAGUCUUUGCUGCUGGUGUUUUAGAUGGAAUUCUAGUAUAUGGUAUCAGUCAUAUGAAAGAUAUUGGCGGUCUGAAGAAUUGGCGAUGGUUGUUUUUACUUGAAGGCUUGCCAAUCAUUCCACUCGGUGUUAUGACCUAUCUUUUUCUUGGCAGUAUACCCGAUACUGUUCAAUGGCUGGAUAAUUGUGAAAAACAGUUAUUAACGAAUCUUCUUCUAGAAGAUGCGGGUUUAGCCAAUAGUAUGGGUCAAAUGGGCGGAGCUAUAGCGCCUCUGCUAGAAAAUGAUCGAAGAAUUUAUUUAUCACCGGACAAGUAUGAACAAGAAGCAGCUAUCAUAGAACCCUGUGAUUGGCAUCCAGACAUACGCUAUGUGUUGUAG